UGUACCGAACGGUUUCCCAGAACGCAUUGCGCGAGGCUGAACACUCUCUCUUGAUUGGUUGAGUUUGCCGGAAGAGGAAGUUUUCUCUCCGUUACCUGGAAACCCAAGGGAAGCUUCUUUAUGGCGGCAGUGGGAAACUGACAUGAAACCAGGGAGAGGGGCAGAAUGAAGAGUCGGAGAGUGAAGAGCGCCCGGCCGGGGAAAGGUCGAAGUAAAGGAGUCACAGACGUUAGCCCAUCCAGCAGUCUCCCUCCGCUUGUAGAAGGCCAGGUCCGCAGUUUUCUGCAGGUGACAGUUAGUAAAAUCUUGUGGACUGUGCCCAAGCCCCCACUAUCUGUCCUGGUGAGACUCCGCUGGUGGGGAGAGACAUCCAAUGGCACCAUUUUUCGUCCUCGCGACUCUUCGCAGACUGAGCAAAAAGGAUUAAAGACAACAACUCGCUACGCUGUCCGAUGUGGCCCCAAGCAGUUCACCUCCUAUCUGACAGACAUGGGCAUGCUUGUAUUUGAGGUCAUGACAAAGCUCGAUCACUUUCCUAUUGGCCGUGCCCAGAUCAGUGGCAUUGCACAGCUCUCGUUGGCACAUCCAAUCAGCGGAUUCUUCACAAUUGUUUCCCCGACAUCCGAGAAACUUGGAGAACUGCAGGUGUCCGUGCAACUGGAACCCCUGUCUGAGACCUAUGAUAGCAGCAGCUCUGCCCAUAAUACAGAUAUCAGUUUUGACCAUGCCGCGUCUCGAUCAGAAUCCUACGGAAAAGCUCUGACUAGCCACCCCACUGCCCUGAAUGAUCCACCACAGCCAAUCAGAUUGAGCUCCGCAGACAGGAGGGAGUCUGAGAGCAGCAGCAGCAGGGUCACUACACCCAGGGGCAGAGAUCAUUUAUACUUCCAAGAAAAUGUAGACCCUGGCCAAAACUCCUACAAAGGGUCUCAAGAGCAUGUGAACAGAGAGCAAGGUAAUAUGGGGGUUCAUUCCAGCAAACAGAUCUGUUCGGAAGGAACUGCAGGGAAGGAUGCAUCAACAGUUACCUCUGGGCCUGCAACCAAAGACUUACUGUCAGCACUGCUGGAUCAAGGAAGCAAGCUGAGGGAUGCCAUGGUUGUUUCUGCUUUGAAAUCCAGUCCCGACCUAGUCCGUGACCCAGCUAUAAUGCUACCCCCUGCACUUAUUAAUUACAGCUUAUCACAAGCCAGGGCCGCUUCUGAGGUUCAGUCUUCCACAUUAAUGCAGAAUCUGCUAAACCGUCGACAAUUUCCCCACAGUAGGGAUAUUCUGCUCCAAGCUGAAGACAGUUUCAUUGCUGAUACGGAGACACCCAGUGAUGCCAAAGCGAUAGAGCUGCUCCUUGGCAGCUCUGUUUUAUCACCUGGACGUUACUGGGAUGGGACUGGGUCACCUCCAGAAUCCAUGUCUGGAAGUGAUUUCUACAAUGAAAGUGAAUUAAAUGAUCCACUGUAUGACCAGAGCCUGCUGGAGAAUCUUUUCUAUAAAGCACCUUCGGACAGCAGCGAUUUAAUGAGCGAUGAUGAAAAUGCCAAAUCACAAAAUAAGAAAAUCAAAACUGCCCGAGAUCGAGGGUUUCCUCAGGACCAGUCUGCAGAUAAAGAAGAUGCCAAACAAACAAAAGGGAAAAAUUCAUUGCGGGAUUCUCGAACAUCAGAGAAAUCCUUAACAUCUGCUUCAAAAUUUGAAGGCAUGAGUCUAAGCAUGGACCAGGUGAGACUGCUGGAUGAAAUACACGUUGCACAUGUCGUUGUGGAGUCUUUGAGGAUUCCUCUGGACACUGCUCCAGUCACACCAAGCAAGACAAGCAGCAGGGGGAGACCCCCACGGCCAGUGCACCCUGCCAAACAGACAUUUUUUGUCGAGUUUCAAUUCCCUGCAUCAUCGAAGUCCAGAUCAGGAGAAGUCAGCUCAGCAACAGAGAUAACGCGAUUGGUUUCAAGCAAGAUUGUUGGUGGAUCUGUAAAGUUCCAGCAACGCUUUGCAUUCCCGGUCAUGUUUAGCGGACAGAUGAUAAAGCAAUGGUGGAACACAGACCUGAGUUUCAGGAUCUUUCUGCGUAAAGGGACUCAGAAAAAGCCUGGCCCAGUCGGCUCUGCCUCUCUCCCUCUCCGUGAUGUGCUUCAGUCCCCUGGACUUUCUCUUACCUGCAUCCUACCAGUGAGCUGCACAAUAGAAGACCAUCACACAGCAGUUGGCCCGUUAAAGGUUUCUGUGGAACUUGCAGGAAAUAAUAAAAAUGUCCUUAAUCUUCCCGAGAAGACUUUGGAGCCACAAAAUCAGGCACCAGUAUCCCUUGCCAUCAGUAGCAAAGCAAGGACAGAGCUGGAGAAUUCUGCAUCAUACACAGACCUCAGACCUGUAGCAGAGAAAACAUCAUCACUCCAACAGAGUGUUCCCCUUCAUACUGGAAAUGAAGGACUCAAAGUGUCAGUUCCCCAGGACCUACAGCAGACCACAGAGGAGGACGGCUUAUUACUACAUGUUGUGCUUAUGGUGCCUGAAGGGAAAGGUUUAAUAACUGCUGGCAGUGACUGUUCAGGAAUUUGCAACUCCUAUUUGAAUUGCAAGCUCUUCUCUAGCCAGGAAGCUACCAGAUCUUCUGUGGUGUGGGGAAGCUCACAGCCCCAAUAUAACUUCUCGCAGGUGGCCCCUGUCACUCUGACUGGACGGCUACUGGAGAGAAUGAAGAACAACGUGAUGAUUAUUGAGAUCUGGAACAGAGUGGCCAGUCCAGGGCAAGACCAGCUGCUGGGAUUAGUCAAGCUCCCUCUUCACCAAUUCUACAUGUCAUUCAGUAACGCAAAGAUUACCCGACUCCUGCUCCAAGCACAGUAUCCCGUAGUAGCCGUAGACAGCUACGUUCCGAUCAUCGACAUGUUCAGCGGGCGUGACCGAGGCAAACUCAAAGUUUUACUAGCCAUGGGGUCAGGGGAUCAAGUGGUGACUCUGCAGAGAUUAAAAAAUGAGGAAGGGACAAAUCAAACUGCAAUGCUAAGACCUGCACAUUUCCUAGAUCCACCAUUGUCUUCCUCACAGAUAGGAAAGCCACAAGAAGGCGUGACUGACCACAUUUUUGAGAUCCACGUGGAGAAUGUGAAAGGCCUCACUCCUCUGCAGAGCACGGUUUGGGGAGAAGCUGACUGCUUUGUGCAGUAUUACUUCCCUGAGCAUGGUCCUGAUUCCCACGCAGUGUCAGAGCUGCCCGAGAUUGCCAUGACCCUAAAGCCUAUCCGUACAGCGACCACACUGUGUGUGCCUGAUCCAGUGUUUAAUGACCGGCAGAGCCACACCAUCGCGGCACAGUCAGAUACCCCGGUGCAGAGGCUUCUACUUAGUGCUUACUCCAUGCAGGGGCUCUCUGGAGGAGGAGGGGUACCAUUUGAAAUCUGGUGCAGGUACUAUUAUCCCAACGUUAGAGACCAGAUGGUUGCUAAGGGGCUGCUGCCUUUAUCCCGCUUGUGUGCCAUGGUGACUAUGCAGCAUCGAGAGGACGUGGGAAUCCAAGCGUUCAGUCUUCCCCUUGUACCAAGGACUGAGAAGUCUGCAGAAUUUCCCCCACACUGUUCAGGUUUACUAAAUGUGAAUAUGACCUACAGACGCUCGGUGAGGAACCCAGUGGGAAUGUUGGCUACUCGGAUGGUUUCCAUUUCUGUACAAAUCCACCGAGCUUCAGGUUUGCAGGCUGCUGCCCAAUUGGUGGCACAGCAGGACGCCUCAUUCCAGUACAGCGCAGACGUUGGGGUGAAUGCCUAUGCCACUAUACACCCAGCUUUCCUGCCUGAUGUGGAGGUGCGAAACACUCGCACUGUUGCUCGUACCUUCUGCCCACAAUUUGACCACCACUCGGAGUUCCCCUGUAACAUGGUCAUUCAACGGAGUAAUGGAGAGGCCUGCAGCCUUGCAGAGGUCCUGUACUUCUCUGAGAUUGUCCUUUCCAUUCAUCACCAGAAUGUUGCUUCAGUUGGCAGUAGAAGACCCCAAGCAGUUCGUGACUACCAUCUGGGAAUGGUGAGGAUCCCAUGCAAAGAGCUGAUCACAAAGAGAUCAGGUGUAAGUGGCUGGUACCCGGUUACAGUUCCAGAGGACUCCAGGCUUCCCAGCAGCUCCACCAUACUCCACUCUGUUGUAGGAGGACUGGAGCUCUCCAUACACUUUGCGCAUCACUCGGACAGAGAUCGUGUUUUAGAAGUAGCACGAGGCCUCGGGUGGAACGAGUAUAAUGACGAUUUUCAUGAAGCGAUUGUAACUGAAGCAGAUGAGUGGCAUAAAAGGGAAGAUCUGGUUAACCUGUCUGUUAGUAUUCCCAAAAUAUGGCUUCCAUUGCACUGCCUGCUUCUGGCGGCUCACAAGCAUCUCCACAAAAGCACUUACUGUUACCUGCGCUACAAGUUCUAUGAUAAAGAAGCUGUGUGCUCCCCCCUCAGAAGGCCCCGAAUAUCAGAAGAUGGACAGCAGGCCACGGUGAUGUUUGAUCUGAGUGAAAAUGUAGAGCUGAUAAAACACCAGCCGCUUGUGUGGUACCUGAGGGAGGAGAGAAUGGAGAUUCAGGUCUGGCGCUCCUAUGGGAAGGACACCAGUGGGCCAAGACCCCAGGAUACUGACCGACUCAUUGGCUCUGCAUAUGUGGAUCUUAAAGUUCUUUCAGAAAAUACCUCCAGGACUCUUACAGUCAGUGGAGUUUAUCCUGUGUUUAAGCGCAAUGUCUCCAGUCUGUGGGGAGCGGCAGUUCGGGUGCAUCUUGCUCUUCGCUCGGCUUAUCACCCAUCGAACUCUACCCGAAGGCUGAGCUACGCUGAGGAGGGAAGCCAGAGUGAAGAAGAGGAGGCUGGUCCUAUCCCUCCGGACAGAUAUGAAGAGAAACCAGACGGUCUCAGCAAAAAAGAUAAACCAGAGGCAAAAACUGAAACGCCGUUAUUGGAUACAAAAGAACAGCCCAUGGAUGAUGUAGACUUAGAGAACACUUUUGCUGCUAACAUUGUGGUUGAACGAGCAAUGCAUCUGAGCUUAAAAGGGACCCCUCUAACUGAGAGAACAGAAGGGACUCCAAGUUGUUGUGUUUCUUUCCCUGUGGCCGGCACUAGUGAGCCUAUAAGUACCCCAGUCAUAGCAAAUACAGACGCCCCGUUAUGGAACUUCCAGCACCAAGCAAGACUCCAUAAAGAACUGCUCUUGGACCCACAGCAAAGAUUAGUUUUCAAAGUCUGGCAUAAAACAGAUGUGGAGAGAGUUCUGGGAUUCGCCUCUGUGGAUCUCUCGCCGCUCCUUUCUGGCUUCCAGACAAUCUGCGGCUGGUACAAUAUUGUGGAUUUUGUUGGGCAGUGUCAGGGCCAGGUGAAAGUCUCCAUCACCCCACUACAAGGCGUGGCACAUCAUAAAGAAAAGGUCACAUCACAACAAUCCUCCCUCUAUCAGUCCAGGCCAGCUUUCUGCAGCUCCAUCAGCUACAACUACAGCCAAUUGGAGGGGCUGGCGAAUAUACCCCAUAGGGACAAUUCUGGCCCUUUGUUUCCAUUCCUCCGGCAUGAGGAACAUAUGGAGAACGUGCGGCGGUUUCACGAGUCCCUGCAGCAAGCGGAGAAAAACACACACACAGCGGAAGGCCUGGAUUUUCUCUCCCAAUCUUCCCGUUCCUCACUCCUGUCGGCUCUCAGGAAAAAUCUAAGUGAGCUUGACGAUAUCCAGAAAUACUUCAACCAAAAGCUCUACAGAUCCAUCUCAAACACGGACACCGCUAGAUGUGCAUCUGUGCAGAGCCAAGAAGUCCAGCCUCUGAAUUCUGAGCCUGCCGAGGAGGAUUCGGAUGCUAAGAUGCUUCUGAAAAAAUCCAAUUUGCUGGUUUCACAAGUCAGCAACCUCAUUACAGGUCUCCAAUCAAUACCCAAAUUUGCACCAGCAUUUUCCCACACAGAGCAGAGGUUGGAUACACAAGGGCAAAGUAGCUUCCAGCAACAGCAGGACAAUAAUAUGGAACCAACGGGUCCUGUGAGAACCAAUGAAAGGGAGGGCCAGCACAGUGACACGCCCCCAUUUUCCCCAUUAGGGUCACUUACUGUUAGUGGGGAAAAGCUGUUUGAGUUUAUGGGAACGGACAUAGAUGAGAAAGAAGGGCAUUUAUUUGCAGAGAAUCACCAUGAACAGGGGGAUGAACAAAUUAUCCAGGGAAGUAGCGAUGAAGAGUAUGAGGAAGAUGUGAUAGAACCAAGAACGCUCAAUGAAAUAACCAAUAUGACGGACAGAACCAGUCCCUGGUCCAGUAUUUUAUCCGAAAGGGAUUCAGAUGCCGUGGAUCAUCCUCAAGAGCAGCCAGUGAAUCCUUUGGCUGUGGAGAAUAACUGUGUAGUAACCGAUUUCUUCUCGUCCUUCCACCAAAAUGACUUGAGUAGUAUCCCCAGCACUGCUAGAUCCUCAGACUCCCAGGCGCUCGCUGAAGGCUCCAGGCUCCGUAAGAUCAGCAGUAGCUCAGGUAGUGACGCAGAGUCAAUUGAGUUUAAUCACGGGAGAGAUCCUGGAGAGCAGGAAGGAGACCUGGAUGAGGCAGACUCUGAGGCAGAGAGUCAGGAGAAGGAGGAAGACCCAGGAGAUGAUAAGAGAGAGGAAGAGCAACAGGAUCCAAUCACAGUGUCCUCUGAUACUGAUGAGUCAGAACAUGUCACAUAUGAUGCCAGCCAAUCAGAACAUUCUCCACCACAGGAUGAACCUGAAACAGAUUAUCGAAGUUCUGAGCCUUUAGACAGAAACCAGUGUCACUUUGAUGAGAACCUCGAUGACCAACCGGAUGUGUCUGAAAAGCCACCGGUGCCAUCCAGUAAUGUUUUAUCUGAUCCUGUUAUUGUUCCAAAUUUCUUUCUUCCCCCCCAGCACUUAGAAGCUUCCAUGAGGCUGUUGAGUUUAUCUGCUGCAUCUGAGAAGGCCAGGGAUUACACCCCGGGGAUCCCCUUUCGACGGAGCAAGAGACAGAAGCCCAAGUUGACCCCUGCCGACCUCCCCAAGGAAGAGACCAAUCGCAUCGCCAGAAUCUUUGCUGCACAGUUUCCCAGCGCAGAGCAGAAAAGCCGAAGUAAUUCCCCAUCCUCAUAGGUCCCUGUAUUAGCCCCUCCCCCUGUACAAUAUUCCUUGGUGCCUUUAUGUGUCGUGGCUACUAUGUUUCAUUGUGUGGAUACCGAGAUCCAAUUGGGUUGAAUAGAGGAAGCCUAUUGGCCGUUGGCAGCCCCAUAUACCCCCCAGCUUGUGUUGGGCAGAGUGUGGCACCAGUGAAACCCCCUGGCACCUUUGUGACAUAUGAAUAUUUUAUAACUAAAUUAUUUUUCUAUUUUGUUUAAAAAAACACAUUUUCUGUGAAUUAUGCACAAUUAUUUAUUAAAAUACGUUUGUUUCUAGGGUGAAA